AUGAAAAUAGCUAUCAUCAUGCAAGACGAGACAAUAUCUAAAUGCUUAAAAAUGAAAGAGGAGCUGUUGCCUAGGAUCUUGGUCAAGGACCCUGUCACCCAUGACAGCUGGGAGCAGGGCAGAUUCACCACAUACCUCAUCUGUAUUAAGACUGAGCACCCGGCUUUCCAUCUUCGGUUGUCGGCAGUGAGAAGGCGUUUUUCAGAACUGCGAUGGUUGUACAAUGUUCUCAGGGAGAAUCACUCUCACGUUCAUUUCCCAAAACCCCCGGGUAAAAAAGUUUUUGCGGAGAGAUUUGAGGCAGAGUUCAUCGACACAAGAAUGAUGGAAAUUCAGAAUUAUCUCAAUGAACUGUUGAUAACAGACACUGUCCUGUCUGAUGCAGCAUUUCAUUUCUUUGUGCAAACUGACCUGACCACAGAGGAGAUUCAGGAGUACCUCAAUGGGACGCUGUCAGAGAACAUUGUGGCAGAAGCUUGGGAAAAUGCUGGACAUCUUCACACAAGCAGUUAUAUUGUCAAUUCUAUUGUCAUCCCCCAUGAACCUCAGGAGAUUGCCAUGAAUGAAGAGGACUUACAGCACAUGUCUCGCUCUCUGGAUACCUCAAACUCAUAUUCCCCUACACAGACCAGCGGUGACCUCAGUUACCCUACCCUGACAACCAUAAAGGAAUCUCAAGAUUUGAACACACACGCAGAAACGUCCUUGAAACAUGCACAUGGCAGCAGUCCUGCACAUGUGAUCAGUGGUUUUGAGGAGCUUAUAGUUUCUGAUGUACCUCCUGUUGAUAUACCAGCAACUUGUGACGGCGAUAAGAAAUCAGAACUGAGUAAGAUUUCUGAGGCUCCCCCUGCUGAUACACCAGCAUUCCCAUCCACAGACGAAUCGACUACUUGUGGUGGCGAUGAGAAAUCAGAACUGAGUAAGAUUUCUGAGGUACCCCCUGCUGAUACACCAGCAUUCCCAUCCACAGAUGAGUCAACUACUUGUGAUGGCGAUGAGAAAUCAGAACUGAGUAAGAUUUCUGAGGUACCCCCUGCUGAUACACCAGCAUUCCCAUCCACAGAUGAGUCGACUACUUGUGAUGGCGAUGAGAAAUCAGAACUGAGAAAGAUUUCUGAGGUACCCCCUGCUGAAAGACCAGCAUUCCCAUCCACAGAUGAGUCGACUACUUGUGAUGGCGAUGAGAAAUCAGAACUGAGAAAGAUUUCUGAGGUACCCCCUGCUGAAAGACCAGCAUUCCCAUCCACAGAUGAAUCGACUACUUGUGAUGGCAAUGAGAAAUCAGAACUGAGUAAGAUUUCUGAUAGUGAUGAUGAUGUCAUAACCGAGAUCGGAAAUAAGGAGGUUAAAAUGAACUUGCCAGAAAAGAAUGUUCCACAUGUUCCUCUGUAA